CGCUCCACACCCCUGCUGCUCGCUAUAGCGUGACACAUUCUUACGCUGUUGGGUGCUCUAAGCGCGACAGCUUUCAAUUGCUCGCCUCUAUGUAGCGGUUCCAACAGACAUCCUCAAAUCCUUGAUUUUCCAGAGUCAAGAUGCCUCAGCUUCCAUCCCUCUGGGGUAUCAUCCAGAAUGCUGUUCCCAACUUUGCCAACGACGCCAAGGAUAAUGUCGACAUGAGCCCGCAGCAAAUGGAGAAGCUCCUCGCAUACCAACUUUCAGGAUCGCAGCCGCGCUACCUCGAUGCGACCUCCCUCGUUCUAGCUGGCAUUACCGACAACCUGCCCCUCGCCGAGAAGGUCUUCGCUGCCUGUGUGAAGCACGGCUACAUUAUACCCAAGCCAAGUGCCAGCGCAGGGAGCGGCGCGGCAGCAGCAAUAGCAGAUGAAAUAUCGCCUAUGACGGUCAACACGCGCAUCAUCGACCGCGGCCUGCCUCGCCGGCUACCCACGAUUAGCGUGCAUGCACAGCGCAAGCUAAUCGCGCUGCUGUUCUGCUAGGAAGAGGAGUGCACGCGGUGGCGGCGGCUAGAUGAGGAGGAGCAGGCUGUGCUAGACGCCAUCAGGACAGCGGAGGCCACAGGCGCCACCAACCCAGAGCUGCAGCUCGCGCUAGAGGCGGUGCGGCGGAAGAAGCGCCUGCUUCCGAGCCAGAGGGCCGAGGGCGCUAGCGGGGUGUUUCCGCCAAAGACGGAGGAACUCCCUCUAUACACAAGUCAGUAGUACUAGCUGGCAGCAAUUUGCACAAGACCUUAUCCACUC